CUUUGGGUCCUUGUUUAAUGGUGAAAUUCACAGGACGAGAACUCGUACGUCCUGGUAUUACACGAUUUGCAACAAAUUUUAUUGCUCUAAACAGUAUCCUUCAAAAUAAAAAUGGAUUAAAGUCCAUGUUUGCAUCAAAUGAAUGGCAAACAUCUCGUUAUGCCUCCACGGCUGAUGGAAAAUCGAUUGAGCAAAUAAUUAUGUCUACCAAGUUUUGGGAUUAUGUGAAAGAGAUUGUUGAUAUUGUGGAGCCGCUAUAUGUGGUCCUCCGUUUAGUCGAUCAGGAAAAAACACCUCAAAUGGGACAUGUUUAUUAUAAACUGAGGAUGGCUAAAGAUAAUAUUAAAAAAAAAUAAUCCACUACGGUGCCAAUCUUUUCUAAAAAUUAUUGACAGACGUUGGGACGUCCAGAUGAGCCGGGAUCUACACUUAGCAGGUUAUUAUCUUAAUCCGUCGUAUCAUCAUCGUUAUAAUCUUGGAUUUGAUGAUGAACUGUUGAAGGCAUUACGAAACGUUAUCAAUAGAUUGGAGAGGGAUCCAACAUAUGCUGCUCUUGCCAUAAGUGAGGGAAAAAUAUUUCGUGAAUCCUCUGGAACUUUUGGUGAAGCGGGUGCAAUUAACGUAAGACACAAUACCGAUCCCACUGAGUGGUGGCUACAAUAUGGUGGAUGGGCAAAGCACUUAAAAAAGAUUGUUGUGCGUGUCUUAUCACAAACAACAACAUCUAGUGGAUGUGAACGCAACUGGAGCACAUUCGCACUUAUACAUACCAAAGUGUGUAACCGAUUAGCGUACGCUCGAUUAGAGAAGCUAGUUUAUAUCCACUAUAAUAUGAGGCUCCGUUUAAGAUGUAUGCAGGAGGAGUAUGAUAAGGAAAAGGUAUUAAAAACUUAUGAUCCCUUGGAUACAAGUUUUAUCAAUGAUGAAUCAGACCCCGUACUUGAUUGGCUACAAGAUAGAGACAAUCAAGAAGACCCAUUACUCGAUGAGCCUGGAGAUCCACCACGAUCAUUCAGAAUAAUUGCUGAUGAAGCAGGAAUUAGUGAUGCUGAAAGAUGGGCUGACGAGAACAUAGGAAGCUCUCAAGAUAAUGUGCAAGAAUAAGCGGCUUUGGACGAAGAAUCCCAAAAUCCUGCACGUGACUCUGAUGCGGAAUUCGAACGUCUUAUGCAAGGACCUGGAUAUGGUCGUUCACGUCGUACUCAGAGUCAAUCUGGAAAGGAGAAAACGUCUUAUACUGCAAAAAGGCCUUCAACGACAGUCCGAAGUGGUAAGAGUAAAAAAAGUAUGACAUCGAUGGAUCCAUUAGAUGCAGCUGAUGCACUCCCACAAGAUAAUGAUAGUGAUACAUCGACACCAGCAGAUUCUGGAUUACCACAGUCUAAAGAUGAAUGUAGUGAUGAUGAUGAUACCACUAAUAGCAGUGAGGAUGGUGGCGACUUCAUUCCACCAACACAACAGGAGAGUGGAGGUGGUGGUGGCCUUAUAUUUACUGAAGAGCAAAACUUCACACAUGCCACUCAAGAUGCUGAUCAUGGGUCUCGACCACGUCAAACAUCCGGAAUGGUAUAUGACCGUCGAAAAGGUAGGAGGUCCUCACAACAAGAUUAUGGGGAGAUGAGAGAAGGUUUGGAGGCAAUAUCAACUAGACCUCCACGAAGGGAUGAUACUUUGCAAACACAGUUUGAUAGUACUUCAAUAUCAUCGCAUCCCUCAUAUCGACAUGGUCUAUAUGGAGAGAUAUUUGAUUAUGAUUCAUCAAUUUAUGGCACUCAGAGUGAAUCCCAAUCCAUCCCUGGACAUAGUGAAAGCUCAUACGGCGAAUCUACAUCCACUCAUGCAUAUCCACAUUAUGGUUCUUCUUUUCCAUACAAUCCAUAUCCUUAUGAUGCUUCAGUUUAUAUGCCGCAGAUGACUGUUGUCCAUUAUAUCCACGAUCCAGUUGCAUA